AUGGCGCCGACGAUCAAAGUUGCUGUUAUCCAACUUUACCCAGAGCCCCUACAACCAGAACAUAAUUUCAACAAAGCUGUUUCAUUCAUCCGCUCCGCAGCAGCUCAGGGCGCCGAGCUCGCCGUCCUACCCGAAUACCACUUGACAAGCUGGAAGCCAAACGAUCCCGAGUUCCUAAAUUGCAUCGAACAAUGCUCCGACUACCUAGAGAAAUACUGCUCCUUAGCCAAAGAAUGUAACAUCUCCAUCGUCCCGGGCACGAUCGUAGAAUCCCACAAAGAGAACUCUGCAACGGAAGACAAACUGCUCAACGUGUGCUACUACAUCUCGCCCUCAGGUUCCAUCGUAGGAAAAUACAUCAAAAAGAACCUCUGGGGCCCCGAACGCAACCACCUCACCGGCUCCCGCCACGACCCCCAUGAAGUCUUCGACACGCCCAUCGGAAAAGUCGGUUUGCUAAUAUGCUGGGACCUCGCCUUCCCAGAAGCGUUCCGCGAGUUGAUUGCCAAAGGCGCUCAGAUUAUUAUUAUACCGACGUUCUGGACGCUGAAUGAUUGUAAUAAGGAGGGUCUGGCGAGGAAUCCAGCGGCUGAAGCAUUGUUUCUGGAUAGUAUGCUGACGGCACGGGCGUUUGAGAAUACGUGUGCGGUUGUUUUUGCGAAUGCGGGGGGUCCACCGGGUAUGGGGUAUGCGGGGUUGAGUCAGGUUGCUGUGCCUUUUGUGGGGGCUUUGGGGAAAUUGGGUGGUGCGGGCGAGGGCAUGUGUGUUGUGGAUUUGGAUAUGCAGGUCUUGGAGGAUGCGGAGAGUAAUUAUCAGGUCAGGGCUGAUAUUGCGAGGGGGGAUUGGCAUUAUGUUUAUAGGCACUCGGGCGAGGGGAAGCUUUAA